UUCUUCGUCGAAGUUACGAGAUUUGACAGGCGCGUUUAAAUAGUAAAGCGCCGCUGUUUUAGAGUGCAGGGUCCCUUUUCGAUUUUGCUGACUGAAGUUCACCUUAUUGGCCUCAUCACGGGGCAGAGGGCAGCAUGGACUGAAUGAAGCAGGCGACAGACCGGCAUUUCUGGAAAGCAAACGAGUUGGUUCUGUUCGGAGCUGCAUGCGCACGGGGACAGCGUGGCUGUUCUGGGACGAUGGCUACCUUGUACUCGAUGGUUUCUUCAGCCCUGAAGAGUGUGAUGUGAUGAAGGAGAGAAUGGCCCUCAUAGUCGAGGAGAUGGACGUUCCUCCGCAUUGCAGAACUGAGUUCUCCACGGAGCAGGAGGAGCAGCUGAAGGCACAGGGCAGUGCUGACUAUUUCAUGACCAGUGGGGACAAGAUUCGUUUCUUCUUCGAAAAGGGAGUCUUUGACAAAAAUGGAGACUUCUUGGUGCCAAAGGAGCGUUCACUUAACAAAGUCGGACACGCACUUCACGCCUUAGACGCUGUUUUUAAAAAUGUCACCCAUUCUCCUCAUGUCCAGGAGCUGGUCAGGAAGCUAGGCCUCAUGGAGCCAGUGGUGGUUCAGAGCAUGUACAUCUUCAAGCAACCUGGGAUUGGUGGAGAAGUGACUCCCCACCAAGAUGCCACUUUCCUUCACACAGAGCCAAUGGGCAAGGUGAUGGGCCUGUGGAUCGCACUGGAAGAUGCCACGCUGGACAACGGCUGCCUGUGGUUCAUCCCUGGGUCCCAUAAACGUGGCGUUACUCGGCGUAUGGUCCGAACACCGGAGGGCUCCAUGCCACGCACCGAGUUCAUCGGAGAGGAGCGACAGUUUGACGAGGAGGAAUUCAAACCCGCCGCGGUGAGGAAAGGUGGUCUUGUUCUGAUCCAUGGUGAGGUGGUACAUCGCAGUGCAAAGAAUACUUCAGACAGCUCGAGGCACGCAUAUGCCUUCCACAUCAUGGAAUCGAGAAAUGGCAAGUGGGGCAAAGAGAACUGGUUACAGCCCACCGCUGAGCUGCCCUUCCCGCCGCUCUACAUCUGACCAGCGGCCUAAGGGGACGUGUGCUACGUCACCACAACCUGCCUCGGCUCUGUGUGAGGCCUGCCAGAUUCUGAGUCCAGCUGUUCCUUAAUUAUGUGGCAUUAAAACAAAAAGUCAUUUAAAUGUUGUAUA